UGCCCCCGCAGCUGGUGUGCGACGGCCGCAACCACUGCGGCGGCGGCGGCGCGGGCGCGGACGAGGACCCUCUCAUGUGUUCGUCGUACGUCCGCGCUUUCGGAGCGGCUGUGGCGCUGGGCGAGACGUGCGUGCGCGGUGAAUGGCGCUGCGGCAACGGAGCUUGCGUGCCGCACGACGCGCUGUGCGACGGCGUCGACUCGUGCGGCGACUACACGGACGAGUCGCACUGCAACAUCGACGAGUGCGCGGUGCGGAAUGGCGGCUGCGCUCACUCGUGCUCCGACCUGCCGGUGGGGCGCGCGUGCUGGUGCCGCAUAGGAUGGCGGAUCGGCGCGGAGGGAGCCUGCUCGGACGUGGACGAGUGUCUGGAGGACGACCCCUGCGACCAUCACUGCCGGAACACUAUCGGCAGCUUCGUGUGCUCGUGCGUGUCGGGGUACGCGCUGAUGGAGGACGGCAUCAGCUGCGAGCCGGUGUCGCCGAUCAAGGCGUCGCUCAUCUUCACGAACCGCUACUACAUCCGGCGGACGGCGCUGCGCAGCGAGGCCGAGGCGCGGCGCGGCGAGGCCAGUGCGGCGCUGCUCGUGCACAACCUGACCAACGCCGUGGCGCUCGACGCCGACUGGGCGCGCGGCUGCCUGUACUGGAGUGACGUCACGCGCCUGGGCAGCUCCAUCAAGCGCGUGUGCCGCGCCGGCGUGCUGGGCGCGCGCCCCGCCUCCGUGUCCGUCGCCGCCGACGAGGUGUCCGUGGUCGCGGGCGCCACGCUGCAGAACCCCGACGGGCUGGCGGUGGACUGGGUCGCGGGCAAUAUUUACUGGUGCGACAAAGGUACGGACACGGUGGAGGCGGCGCGGCUGGACGGGCGCUACCGGCGCGUGGUGGUGCGCGGCGGCCUGAGCGAGCCGCGCGCGCUGGCGCUGCACCCGGCGCGGGCCCGCCUGUACUGGUCGGACUGGGGCCGGUCGCCACACAUCGGCCGCGCCGCCAUGGACGGACGCCACCGCCGCGUGCUGCUGGCCGACGGCCUGGGCUGGCCCAACGCGCUCACGGUGGUGGCCGCCUCGCAGGAGCUGUACUUCGCGGACGCGCGCGAGGACUACAUCGCGGUGGCCGACCUGGACGGAAACAACGUGCGCAUCCUGUUCUCCAGAGAGCGCAUGCCGUGGCUGCGGCUGCACCACGUGUUCGCGCUGGCGGUGUGGGCGGGGCGCGUGUACUGGAGCGACUGGGAGACGCGCGCCAUCGAGACGUGCCGCCGCCGGCCCGACCCGCGCCACGACCGCCACCACAACGUGCGUACUGCCUGUGCCGCGCCGGCCCGCUCUCGACACGUGUAACACCCGGCUCGUGUAACACCCGGCUCGUGUAA